AUGGCAAUUGAGAGCGUUCCCGCUCGCGCUACGGCCACUGGCACGAGUCGCGUGGCGCCUCCGAGUACCGCAGCGGCCCCCGCCUCAUCGUUCUUUGUGGGCGGCGUGGGCCUCAGCGAGACGCGCAGCGCCUUCGAGGUGUCGCAGGGUGGCACCAAGUGGGAGGUCGUCGUCGGCUCCACCCACCUGCUGACUCCACAGCGGUUCCUCUCCGACCUCCGCCACCCGGACUUCCGCCAGGGGUCACGCGUCUCCUUCGUCGGGGCCGGAGCCCCCGACAGCUGAAGCCCCC